UCCUGUUCCCACAUCCUACAAUGAACAGUGAAUAUACCUAUGAUGAUAUCGAGCCGGUGGCCUUGAAUGAAGAGCAACCACAACUCUGCCAGAUUCUCUACACCGACCAGUUCAAGUCUGUGAUGGGAACGCUUUUGGCGUUGAUGAAGAAAAACGAGUACAGCGACCGGGCGCUUGCCCUCACGGGCUUGGGAAUUGAGAUAUUACCCUCCCACUAUUCCAUAUGGAUCUACCGCUACAAUGUAAUCCGUGAGAUUGGCAAGGACUUGGUGGAUGAGCUUGAUUGGUUGGAAACCAUAUCUUUGGACAACGAAAAGAACUAUCAAAUCUGGAAUUAUCGCCAGUUGAUAAUUGAGCAGGUUAUCGGCACUACGGGCCAAUACAACUACCACCGCGAAUUCCCCAUCAUGGCGGCUAUGCUCAGCUCAGACGCCAAGAACCACCAUGUUUGGACAUACCGCAAGUGGGUUGUGUCGAGAUUUGGGUUAUUUGCUGAUGAAAAGGAGAAUCUGUUUGUGGAGGCCAUGAUUGAGCAAGAUGUUCGAAACAACAGUGCUUGGAACCACCGAUUUUAUUUGAAGUUUGGCCAUGAGCAGGGCGACGCCGCCACGAGCGAUGUAGUGGAUGAAGAAUUGGAAUAUGUAAAGCACAAAAUUACCGUGAGUCCUCAGAACGAGUCGUCUUGGAACUAUCUCUUGGGAAUUUGCAACAAGUUCAAUAUCAGCUUGCAGACAUUGGAAGGAUUCUGCAAGCAGUUUGUCAACGAUGGGACAGAUUCUGCUGAUGAGAUAGAACUCAUCAAGUCGUCGUAUGCCUUGGAGGUGUUGGCACAGGUGUAUAAUGAUGACAAGUCAAUUCUUUACUACGACUUGUUAAGCACCAAGUACGACCCAAUCCGCAAGAACUACUGGCAGUACAUGAAAUCGAUGCUAAUCUAACCAGUGUGGUCAAUCUAGCCGGGUGAUAAGGGCAAGAUAAUGAUAUAUACCCAUGAAACACAACACCUGAAACUAAACCAGUUCUAAUCUUGCAGUACAUGAAAUUUGAGCCUAUACCAUGCCGCCUUUCACCCCAAGUCGCUCCCAAUAAGCUACAAAGUUCGCCAAUUGUUACUACACACCGGGGUCUCGCAUGAAUGGUUUCUUACACCGUCUGCACCCUGAAUCUCAAUUCCCCAGUGAAGCACUCUUGUUGAUAAUGGUCCAUGACGCACAAUUGAAGAUUCAUCUGUGGCAACUGAAACGGACGCCCCCUACACUUUCCUAACGAUCGUCUUGAACAUUCCCACUUGAGCCUUCCAAAUUGGUAUCAAUGUGUCCGAAUAGGGGCUGACAAUAAAAGGAGAAUUUUAGGGAUUUACAUCGAUAAUGCUCGCAAAGCAAAUGAGGCUGAAUGAUUUUGCGAGCCCUUCAAGGCCAAUAAAUUGAUUAGUCGUCUUAGGGUUUAAGUUGGUCUUUUAAAGUUUUUGGUUACUAACAUCAGUUGUCUAUACUUAAAUCCUACAUGAGUGACGGCAAUUUAAGUAUAACCCCGAUUGCUACCUAAGAAAGUAUUUCAGUAGAAUUGUGUAUGAAAUAUAUGAUAUGUAUGAUAUGUAUGUUUAACUGCGUCUACGACAUGCAGUCAACAAUACUUAAAAUUUAGCCACU